AUGGAGUCCACCAAGCUCUCCGCGCUGCUGGUGCUCGCCAUGCUCGCGCUCUCCUCGUCCCCACUCACUCUCGCGUGGGAGAAGGCGGAACCGGAGUGCCACUCGUGCGAGUCCGGCUCACCACCCUCGACCGGCGUCCCCCUGCCCCCUAUCAGCAUACCGUCAGUCCCCCUGCCGCCUGUCAGUAUACCGUCGGUCCCCAUCCCGAAGCUCCCCGUCCCGCCGGUCACCUUACCCCCCGUCAGCGGGCUGCCGCCGGUCACCGGACUGCCACCGGUCACCCUCCCGCCCAUUCCGAUCAUCGGAGGAAGCCCGCCGAAGAAGGGCCACCGGAAGGCGUGCCCGCCGCCUCCGUCUCCCCCGACGCCGACGCCGACGCCCACGCCCACGCCGUCCUCGGACACGUGCCCCAUCGACGCGCUGAAGCUCGGCGCGUGCGUGGACGUUCUCGGCAACGAGGUGCACAUCGGCGACGCCAACGUCAAGUGCUGCCCGCUCGUGAAGGGCAUCGCCGGGCUCUCCGCGGCGGCGUGCCUGUGCACCGCCAUCAAGGCCAAGGUGCUGGACAUCUCCGUCUACGUGCCCAUCGCGCUGGAGGUGCUCGUCAACUGCGGCUGCGCCGUCCCGCCAGGCUACAAAUGCACUUAA